ACCCCCUCCUGCCCCCCCGCAGCAGCAGCUGCUCUUUGCUCCCCGGGGCCUCUUGCAGGACACGCACUUUUGCACGUCCUGCAGCUCCUCGCACUCCCGAGCUCUCUGCAAUCUCCCAAUUUACCAUUUUGAAUGGAAUCAGCAAAUUAAUUUGAACUAGAACAAGUGGAAGCAGCCGCCCAGAGCUUUUCUGUACUUUGCUCUGUUCGGGGUUUGGCUAUUGACCUUUCUCCACCUCUAGUGUAUCAGGAAGAAUGUGAGGUCAGGAUUUGCCCCAUCCCCUGCAUUUCCCUCAGCCCUCGGAGGAGUGAGCAGCCCAGGUCUGUCACUGAUUCUGUCCCAAAGAAAACAAUGGCACACGCUGCCCCUUUCAUCGGCGUUGGAUCUAUCUUAGUUUCAGCUGCUGCAGGUACCAGCCUGGUGUUCAGAAACACUAGCACCAGAUUUCUGCUGUUCAAGAGCGUCCGCGGGCACGGUCAGAUCUUCAAGGUGCUUUCUGAGAGUGAGUUGCACCCUGGAGACAUCUUGCUCUUCCCCGUUGAUGGAAGCAAUAACAUCGUUGUCCAGAUGAUCUUCAAACAUGCAGCCGUCUACUGUGGGGAUGACGAGGUCAUUCACUUUGUGGGCACCAACACUCAGAGGAAACGUGAUGUGAUCAGCAGUCGGAAGACUUCUGGAGUGAUCGCCAAAGAAGGUUUGGUGAAAAUGGAAAAGGAGAGGGGAAAGUACCUGAUUUACCGGAAAAAAGAUGGGGUUAAUCUCAGUGAUUUCUGGAGAAAAGUCAAGGAGGCGAUGAACAGCGAAGCUGAGUAUUGCGCCAGCAAGAACAACUGCAUCCACUUCGCCCUCUCCCUCCUGGGCUUGGAGAAGUUCUCCUCAAAACUGGUGCAAAUCCAAGAUGAAGGUGACAGCAGCCGCAGUGAGACUACAUUCAAGUUUCGCCUGUUCAAGAGAAGCCCUGAGCAUGGGAACAUCUUUGAGGAGGUGCCGGAGCACAAGUUGCAGCCUGGGGACAUCGUGCUCUUCCUCUUGGAGAGCAGCUCUCAAGAGCUCAGCAGCAUCUUCAGACAUGCGGCUGUCAGCUGCGGGGAUGGAGAGUUGAUACAGUUCCGACGGAUCCAGAGCAGCUCCGGUCUGACCAGCAGCAGUGUGACAGCCCCGGCUCUGGUCACCAAAGAAGGCCUUGGGACCAUGAAAAAGAAAUGGGGGAAGUUCAAGAUAUACCAUAAAACAGACGGGGUUGCUCUCAAUGACUUCUGUGAAAAAGUCAAAGAGGCAAUGAACAAUGAUGCCAAGUAUGACUUUAUGAAGAACAACUGCAUCUACUUCGCCCUCUCCCUCCUGGGCUUGGAGAAGUUCUACUCACAACUGGUGCAAAUCCAAGAUGAAGGUGGCAGCAGCAACAGUGGUGGGGCUGUGAGUAUCCCCAUGUCAGCCCCCCUGGCAGGGGUUGGGGUCCCUGGGAGGAAUGAGGGGUCCAAGGCAGGGCUGUGUCACCAGAAGAAUUGGGUCCUCACUGAGGGAUGGGAUCCCAUGGGAUGACACUGUGGUCCUGGGAGGGCUUUGGGGCUCCUCAGGGACUGUGUGAUCCCUCAGAGGGUUUUGGUGUCCCCAUGAGGGUUUUGGUGUCCCGUCCACACGGGCUGGGAAGGGCAGGGCAAGGGAUUAUGGGUCCGUCCCCCCUUUCCAGGCCAUCUGAAGCCCCCCCAGCCCGGUGGGGCAGGGGAGCAGCCACACGGCGUGAGGGGUGGCAGCCCCGUGUCCCCCGAGGAUGAUCCCCGUGACCCACAGAGGAUCCUCAGCAUCACCCCGCGCACCCCAACUACUCACCCAGGGAAGGAGCUUUUGUUUGGGAGGGUGGGGGACGUUCCUUUCUCUUUGGAGCUUAAUUGCCAUGCACUAAUCAAAUGCUUUGUUAAACUUUGCUACCGGAAAGAUGCCUGAUUUUGCAGACAUCUCUAUAAUAAAAUAAAAUAAAUAAUGCAAUAGAAAAUAGAA